CUCGUUCACUCUUGUUGUCUAACCUCCUCGUUCUCCACAAUACAGUUAAGAAAGUGCCAAAAAGCGUAGGCAGACUUGAAAGACACUGGAAACUCGGAAUAAAAUUUCGCGAAAAAAUUUAAUAGUGCGAUUUCUGGAAUAUAUAAACAAGUACGUGACACGGUUACAAGCAACUGCCGGUUUAUUUAUAUUCGUAGCGUCUGUAGAUGUUUUCUAUGGUGGUAGUAUUGCGGCGACCAUCUUGUCCGAUUCCAGUGUUCCGCCGUAAAUCACUUACGGCAAAACGUUGGAACGAGUGUGUAAUGGCGAGUGCGUCUGUUUCACAUAUUUUGAUGUUGCGAUAAAGUUAGAUCCGCGCGUUUGUCUUAUCAGUUAUUCCGACGAGAUUUUUUUAAUACCGUUGAGUAUUCUCUUCCGUCGAUUCCGCGCGCAACUGGUUCGGCCCACGAAUCGUGAUAAUUCUGUUCGCAGCGCAGAGUGUAUUGCGCGUCGGUGAAUCAUUCAAGAUAUGAGAUGGAGGGACUCGAAUAACACGCGAUAAUUGCAUUACUCGUGCCGAUUAAGUAACGUAUUACAUUCCAGAGCACGUGCUACUCCGCGUACCGUUCUUGUUUGGCGCCGAAUAAACGUAAAUUGUUAAGUGAUCUUGAUAUUUUCGCGAUAGUUUUUAGCACGCACCUGUACGCGCGCGUGCAUCUCCAUAAUAUGAAAUCGGAGCGAGCAUGAAGGUAACCGUGUGCUUCGACAACGUCAGAGUGGUGGUUCCAUGCGGAGAUGGAUCACUGCUUGUGAAGGAUCUCAUGCAUGAGGCUAUUCUGAGAUACAAAAAGGCUACUGGCAAGAAUGAUAGCAUCCUGACCAUCAGCAGCCUGUCUUCUCUGACUGGAGGUGGCCUAUUGGAUCCAGAUGAUAGAUUGUGCGACGUAGCUGACGAUAGGGAACAAAUUGUUGCUCAUUUUGUGAGCUCUGAUGUAAAUCAUGGAGAUGGUGCAAGCUCAGUUGGUACAAACAGUCCUGAUUUCUUCCAUACUGAUGGAAAGGAGCAAACAUAUCCAAUUGAUAUCCAUUCCUCUGUACCUAGUAUUAAAAGAGAAAGCACCAAGCGAUUAUCGAUGCAUGCGUUAUCAACCAGAGAACCUUGUCUCACCACAUAUUCUGCUCAGUCUCUACCUCGAGAGUCUCGACGUAGAGAACCUUUGGGUCAAGAUUCUAAAGCCUCAUAUGAAUUUGGUACUAACAUUGAGCCUGAGGAGCAAGAAGUGAGAGAAAUUGUGAUAAAGAACGAAGCAGGACCAUUGGGACUCCACGUGGUGCCAUGUUAUGACUUAUUAGGCAAUGAUCAAGGACUUAGAGUUGAGGGUAUCGAACCAAACGGUCGUAUUGCUAGGGAUGGGCAAAUCGAUUUACAUGACAAAAUUAUAAGGAUAAACGGUCAUAACUUGUUGCAUAUACCAUUUUCAAAAGUUCAAGAGAUUUUUAGAACAUGCAUGAACGAUCCCUGUUUGCAAAUAUCUAUUGUUAAACACAAGAGGAAGGCAAGAAGUGAAAAAUCAUUGCACAAAAAUCAUGGAAAUAUCAGUGGAGGAUCGGAGAAAAUUGAAACUGAUGAGAACAUCAAGAGACUUCAAUGCAGCAAUUACAAUCUUCUACAAACUGCAAAUACUAGAAAAAUUGGACGGAUGAUAGAAAUAGAAUUAACAAAAGGAAUUGAUGGUUUAGGAUUCAGUGUUACCACACGUGAUAACCCUGCUGGAGGACAUUGCCCUAUAUACAUUAAGAAUAUAUUACCAAAAGGUGCUGCGGUAGAAGAUGGCAGAUUAAAGCCUGGUGAUAGAUUGUUAGAAGUAAAUAACAAGGAGAUGACUGGCAAAAGUCAAGCUGAAGUCGUAUCACUGCUCAGAAAUAUUCCACCUGGUGGCAAAGUUAGGAUGGUAGUAUCACGUCAGGAGGAAAUUUCUUCAAACAUUCCAGAUUCUCAGGGAACUUCAGCAUCAAUCCCCUUAACUACUGAAGUAAUGGAUAAUAAUUCAAAGUAUUGGAAUCCACUAAAUAAAUCUCCUGCAAAAAAGAACGAUCUGCAUGACAAAUUACCCGCUCACAAUUACGAUAAAUAUAAACCAGUAAAAUCUUCUGAAGACAUUGUCUUAUCUCCACGAAAGAAUCGUAUGAUAUUGACUUUAGAUAUACCAGUACAUGAUUCUGAGAAAGCUGGCUUAGGUAUUAGCGUUAAAGGCAAAACCAACAGUUCUGAUGACAAUAUCAAUAUGGAUUCAGGCAUUUUUAUAAAAAGUGUUAUCCAUGGGGGUGCAGCGUCCAGAGAUGGCCGCUUGAGAACCAAUGAUCAAUUGCUCAAUGUUAAUGGCGUGUCUUUAUUGGGAUUAUCUAAUUCAGAUGCAAUGGAGACUUUAAGAAGAGCGAUGCUUAACACGAAUAGCUCAGUAACUGGUGUGAUUACUCUUACAAUAGCUAGAAGAAUAUCGUCAUAUGACACAAGUGAGAAGAAUAUUAUAGAUAAUUUGCAGCCUCAUCAUAAACCGAAAUCAAUUAGUAGUAUAUACAUAUCAGAUUCUGCGAAGAUGAACAAUGGUGUCAAGGAAAAAAAUACCUUAAAUUCUCAGACGGAUGUAUUAGAUAAUGGAGGAUUGUUGUCUUGUGUGACAGCUUCACCAUGGAAUCCUGUAAUCGAUAGGCUAACGGAGCAAUACAGUAAAAGUAGUUUAAGAAAUGAAAGUUAUUGUCUUGCUACUAAUAAGACUUGGAUAGAACCUUAUGCAAAAAAGGGAAUUAUAGGACCGCGCGAUGAUCGAGUGGAAUCAGUAUUGCUAGAAGAAUCCAACAAUGAUAAUUCUCAAGGAAACGACACCAAGCGAAACACCGACGACAAGGACAGCCAAUAUUCUGGAGAUCCUACGUACGACAGUCAAUUAUCUCUAGAAGAAUUAAACUCUUCGUCGAAUAAAUUUUCUCGCGAUGCUCUUGGCAGACAGAGCAUGUCUGAGAAACGACACGCAGCGCUGGAUGCUAAAACUACGGAUACCUACAAACGAAACAAGAAAUUGCGCGAAGGUAGGGAAAACAAGAACGUGGAACAGACAAGUCAGAAAUUAAUCAGCCACACGAGCAAUCAUUCAAAUGACCUGGAAGAUUAUACCAAGAGGAACAGCAAAGCGAACACGUUCGAGAAGCAUGUAAAUAAAGGAACCUUAGCUGAAAAAACAAAUGUCGACAAUAACGUGAAAAUCUACGAAAAGUCUGUUGAUCCUGCUCAAUCGGAUUAUAUGUACACUAUACCAGGAUGUAACAAUAAGUUUCUUUCGCCAAGGAAACAUUGGCUUGUAGACGAUGUGCACAGCGAAGUUACGAGUAGCAACAAUAUCAAAGACGAACCAGAAGGUUUUUCAAAUAGUCGCGGGGACGUAAAGCAGGCUUCUCUUAAUUCAGCAUUAGACGAUCGAUAUAAGCGCUCACGGAAGAAAGGCGGUAUUAGGUCGAUGCUCCGGUUAGGCAAAAACAGGAAAUCGCUCAAUUUCGGCGAUAACAUUGAGACGAGGCACGAAACUAGUAAUUAUUGCAGCGGAACAAUCAAUUACAUCGCAUAAAAUUACAAAAGCAAUUUUUAAUAUAGAUGCAAAAACUUCAGUAUAAAUAAACAGUAUAUAUAUACAUGUGUAUAUAUACGUACACAUUAUCGCGUUUCUCCAAAUAUAAAUAUAUACAUACACACUUGCAUUAUAUAUAUAUAUAUAUUUUACCUAUAUAUAUUAUCUCGGUUCCAAAGUGCCUUAUAUCAGUAAAAGAAAGUAAUUAACUCUGUACAUAUAAUUUUGUACUCGUCUUUUAUCGAUAUGUGAAUCACUGUACUUAAUUAAAUAUAAAUAUUUGUAUUAGUUUAUUACAUUAUUAAAAUUAAGCAAUAAAAAAUAAUUCCGAGAUAGGAAUUAUUGUAUUAACGAUCGCGCGGUUCAGACUUCUAAAACAUUACCUCCAUCAAUUAAGCAUGUAUCUCCAUAGUGAUCUUGAAUCCACAUUAACAAAGUAUAUCAUUAAUAUAAAAAAGUCACAAAAGAAGAUUAAAAAAAUCACAAAAAUUAUAAUGCACUUCAAAUUGCGCCAAACACAAUAUUUUGUCAACAGAAACGUUUUCGAGGAAAAAUUAAUAUACAAAAACCCAGAGCGCCGUUUUAUUAUC